CUAACCCUCUUCCUAGGAUUUGCUUCUGUGUUCCCAGUGGUCAAUCCAGUCCAACGCAGCAUAGUUACAAGGAAAGGAUCCAACGUAACAUUGGUUUGUUUUGGUCGCAAUGUUAAUCCCUUGGAUACAAUGUCACUUUGGAAAUUUAAAGGCCAGGAAAUUACAGAAGGUGGAAACAAAAAGGUCAGAACAAGGUGGCUGCCUGGAGGAACUGGGAAUUUUUCCCUGCACAUAACGAACGUUUCAAACAAAGAUGUUGGCCAGUACAUGUGCUCCUUGUCAGUUUCGAAUUUUAACAAGUUGGACGUGGCAGAAAGUUUCAUCAAGUUAAAGUUGUAUAGCAGCGGUACGUACUAAAUAAAUUAUAUAUGAUUCUGGGUUCAUUAUUUCAACAGCCGAAAUCUGUAUGUUAGAAUACUGGAGACCAACAUCACCACGAAAUCUCUCUCGUGUAAUGUACCGUUCAGUUAUAAGCGUCUCUUUCGUAAUCACUUCCAGUAACGUACUUAAGGGGGAAUUCUGGCUGGAUUUUCGUUGCAAAAGAGGUGAAUCGACAAUGAAAGAAAGCGGCACUUCAAGUUUUAAAAUUACAAUUAUAUACGGAAGAAAUUAUUUCCUGGAUUGAUCAAGAUUAAAUCUGCUAAUUUUUAGUCUUUCUGUCCGGUUGACAUGUAGUCUACAAGUUAAAGCUUUGUUCUUUGAGAAUGUUUGACGAACUAAGCCUUGUUAACUAGUUCAUUUUUAUAUCAUCGGCUUGUUUUCGCUUACAAUUGAAUUAAAGUUUGUUUAAUUUGCUGAUCCAGUAAGAUGGCCAAAGGGAACGUACGCGCUACCAAUGCCAGUGUGUGGAUGCCCAAAGAGCAAAAAAGCGCUGUGGUCAGAAGGAUUUCUGAAGCAGAAUACAGAGGACACCACUCCUCUCAGUAACUGGUCACGCCCAACUCAUUUGAAGGGACUCAAGAAAAACAAUGUGAUCACCCAACACUUCUGCGUGAAAGAAAAGAAGGGUGGCUCCGACGAAUGGCCGGCUGGAAAAUACUGUAUAUACAAGAAAGGCAAAUGUCCUCCA